AUGCAUCGAGCAACAGCCUCAAACCCGACAGUCACCUUUGGUACAACGCCAUCGUUACCGUUCUACUCUGUAGCACAGUCAAACCUUGCAGGUAACCACGAAGUACCCAGCAUCAUGAACGAGCUGCUCAUUCAACGACAUCACCCCACCCAGCCGCGAGUCUUACCUAUUGCUCAUCUCGAUCUUAUCGCGCCUCCGUCACUAGACAAUGGAGCGUUUAGCCCACAACAGCAAGAGGAUACCACCCUUCUUACUAGCAUAUACCCAAAGCUGGCCGCUCUUCAGGCGCUUGAUGCUGCUGCUAACUCUCCUGCUGCCUCGCGUAUUGCGCUUUCAGACCCGGGCGCUCAGUCGCCCGCCGCACAGCGUCUGGCUGAAGAUGUUCUAGCUGGUACUGCGCAACGUGAGUGCUGCGCUCUUGCCUGGACGAGGGACAACCCUCAACAACAAGCAAAUCCUUGGGCGCAACAUAUGCCAUCGGAGGGUUCAUAUCAGCUCCAUCAUCCAACAUUGGGCACCUUCCCCAUCUCCCUGGAAGGUGACUGUUCUGUCAUCAAUGCUCCUUCGACGAGACCCAUCACGGCGUUUUACGGGCAUAACAUGCCCAUGACACCACAAAGUACCGGACGCAAGCCAGCCUGCAUCACUGUGCUAAACCCAUACGUUCUCUCUCCAACGACCCCCCGGACAAACGCGUUCUCUCCGCUACCACCACCUCCGCGAUUCGAUGGCACGAGACCAGUAUCUAUGACACCUUCUGAGAUGUCUGUUGGCCAACUUCCUACGACCACCGACGCUACUGCCGAUGAUGCCAUGCUCGCACGUCUUGACUUCGCAAACGACGCUCUCAUUCUCAACCUUGGUGCCCUGACACGUUUUGGCAAUCCCUUCUUGGUUGAUGUUCUUACAUCAACGCUUCUGGCAGUCGCAGUAGCGGAAGCUACACGCGGCCGCAAAACACGCAAUCGAAGCCAAGAAAACUUCGAGCCACCACCACCAAGCUUCACCCUGAACCACCAGAAGGAAGACACAGCAAAAGCCUUCAAAGACUCUUUUGUCGAGGGCUUCCAGGGCAUCGGUGGGAAGUCGCGCCCGCCACUCUCGGGUAAAGGACUGAAGAAGUUUGCUUCUAGCCUGAAAAGUACAACAACUCGUAGCGAUAGUGCGAUGGGAAGUUUCGACAAGGACAUUGAGUUGGGCGAGUGGUACGGACAAGACAAGCAUACGAAAGCGAAAGCCACAAAAUCGGAGAAGAAGGCGAAGAAAGCGAAUGCUGAUGACGAAAGCAAACUACCGCUGGUCGCACGUACAGUCAUAACGGUGUUGACGUUUGCGUUCAAGGCCGUGGUGUUCAUACUGAAGAUAGCGUUCAAGAUUGUUGCGGGUGUCGUCGUCAUGAUCACGCGGAAUUUCAGCAAAUUAUAG